ACCGGCCCAACAGCCAACCGAGUGGUGAGGAAAUAGGUCAGGCAAUGGCGCUUUCCUUCCUCUCCGCCAUCUGCCUACCAGGCUCGCCGCCGGUUUGAUCCAAACAAAAACCCGAGCCCCUAAACAGCAACGCCCAAAGGGCGGUAACGGCAGCCGGGCGGGCGGGCGGGGGGAGUUCCGAGCCUUCGCUGCUUCAGGCGGAGUUGAUUCCGCGCCUUCUACGUUUUCCCGGGCAGUGUCACGCGCCCGCCCGGCCGUUCCCGGGCUUGGCUUGACUUGGCUUGGCUUCCACAAGUUGCCCCGGAGUGCAGGGCCGUUCCUUCUGCUCAGCUUACGCAUUUGAAAAGACCCCGCGGUUUCACGUCCACAGCCGAUCCCUGCCUCGCUUGGAGGCGUGUCCCAGGACGGGAAAGAUGAAGUGUGUCCUUAUUUCCACUGAGGGUGCUGAAGUUCUUUUCUACUGGGCAGAUCCAGACUUUUUGGCAAUCCUACACCAGCGAUUUGGAAACCAGGAUCAAAAUGGUGAUGAAAUACCAUCUGUGGAAGACAGCAUCAACACAUUGUUUGCCCCCAUCAUCAUUUCCUGUGCAACUAUGCUAGAAAAGUUAGAAGACACAUACACUUGCUUCUCUGCUGAAAAUGGCAAGCAUCUCUAUGUGCUGCAUAUGUUCGGUGAAUGCCUGUACAUUGCCAUGAAUGGAGAUGGCGGUGAGACUGAGGAUGACCUGCGCCGUCAGCUCUACGUGCUCAGAAGAUUGACUGAGGCUCACUUUGGCCUGGUUACACUGGACAGCCACCUCUUCCAUCGGGAACUUCGCCCAGUAGAAACUGAACAACGAGCUCACAUCUGGGGGCUUUUUCAGAGCUUGCUGGAGACUUAUAACCAGCUGCGUGUGGAAGACCAGAGUUUUGCUGUAGAGGCUGUAGAGCGGCUGAUCCAUCCACAGCUGUGUGAACAAUGUAUUGAAUUCUUGGAGCGUCAAGUUGUACAGUACAUCAAUAGCAACACUGAACGUGCUGGACAUGAAGUAGUGCAUGCUUUCCUGCUCAUACACACUAAACUACUUGCUUUUUACUCCAGCCGGAAUGCCAGCUCUCUGCGACCAGCUGACUUGCUCACUCUGCUCCUGAUUGUGCAGGAUCUAUAUCCCAGCUCUUUUAAGGACCAGCCUGUUCCUGAAGUGCUUGGCCAGCCUAUAGAGGGAGAAAUAAAUCUUCAGAGACCUCAAAGCAGUGAGAGUAUUCCAGUGAACAGUCCCCUUUACCACAGCACUUCUGAAGAACAGAUAGCAGAUGAUCUUUCUAUGCCUGAAGAGUUCUUCACCCCCAAGGCUUCCCCUAGCCAACAGAGCACGGGAAGUGCCUGGACUGAAGGUGUGGAUUCACAGAGCGAUGGAGAGGUAAAUUCUGCUGAUUUCUUGCUGGCUGAGGAUUUGCUGCAUGUUGUAGAAUCCCCAGCCUCAGAAGCUACAGGAAGCUAUCAGAAGCUAUCCGCACGGAGAAUAUUUCUGGAUGUCAACUUGAAAGAAGGCUACUGCCCCAUGAUGCCACACACAAUGCACUGCCUUUCACUCUGGCCAGGCAUCUUAUUGGUACUUCUCACAAAGAACCCCAGUUCCCAAGUGGCCCUUUCUCUCUACCAAUUGCUGGAUGGAAUCCUGAUGAUAGAGAAGAAACUGAAAGAGGGACAGGAGAGCCGGCAACCUCUGCGUUCUCAGCCAUUAUUUUUGGAACUCCGACAUAGAAUGGACAAAUUUGUCAAGCGGUUGGGUGGACAAGAAUCACAGUUGCAGAAUACGUGGCAGGAGUUAAAGAAAAUUUCCUCUCGCAGUGAGCCUGGGACUUCCUUGGAACUUCUCCAGGCAUUUUGCAACGUCCGGCGGCAGCUCUGUGCUGUGUAUCGGCUUCUCUUCCUUGGAUCUCCAGGGGCCCAAGGCCUGCCUCAGAACUUGCUGGAACGGGUGCAGCAAUUCACACAGGACAAGCUCCAAGACUGGAAAGACUUCUUACUGGUGAAGAGCAAGCGUAAUGUCACCAUGGUGUCAUAUUUGGAAAAUUUCCCAGGGCUUGUGCAUUUCAUCUAUGUGGAUCGUACAGUAGGACAAAUGGUGGCUCCAUCACUUGGUAUAUCAGAGGAAUCUACUUCAGAAUUAGGCAAAGGACCUCUGCUUGAAUUUAUAAAAAAGAAGGUAUGGUCACUGGUGGCUUUGGCUCGUAGCUACUUGCAGAAGGGCUACACUACACUGAUGGUCCGGGAUGGAGAUUACUAUUGUACCUACUUCCUCUGGUUUGAGAAUGAGCUGGGAUAUAAGCUGGAGGUUAUGGAAGUGCCAGUCCUUUCUGAUGAUUCAGUUCCCAUUGGGACACUGGCAGGUGAUUAUUACAGGAAACUGCUCCGUUAUUUUGGCCGGAAACAUGCCAAUGAAGUGGUGAAAUGCUAUGAGCUGCUGACUAUCCAUCUGGGCAUCAUGCCAAAUGAACUUAUGAUCCAGCAGGCACGCAGCUUGGCCCAACAACUUUGGGAGCCAACACGCAUCCCCUUGCUUUAGAGGGCUUGACUGGUGCUCAAUGCAAUUUGGCCAUUUUCU